UAAAAUAGAAACACUCGUCAGCGCAUUGUGCCCUUGAGUUGAAAUAAUAACCACACUAUUCGACUUGGUUUACGUUUAUCCGAAAUUGUCAAUCGGGUAUCUUUAGAGAUACGGAAGUAGUGAAUUAAAGAUAUUACCGACAUAGUACAAAUUAUAAUAAUGAGUACCCCAGUAAAAAAAGUGCCCAUUCAUUUACAGAGUGCCCAAAACCGCCUACUCAUCCGAUAUGGCAAGAUUGUAAAUGAAGAUGGAACAACUGAUGAUGAUAUUUAUAUAGAAGAUGGCGUUAUCAAACAUAUAGGAAAAAAUUUAAUCAUUCCUGGAGGCACUAGAGUGAUAGAUGCCAGAGGAAAAUAUGUUAUGCCAGGAGGUAUUGAUCCUCACACACAUUUUGAAUUUCAGUUUAUGGGUACAUGUACAGCUGAUAACUAUUACCAAGGAACAAAAGCCGCUGUAGCUGGAGGAACAACCUUUGUUGUUAAUUUUGCUAUACCGGACGUGGGACAAUCUGUCCUGGAUGCCUAUUAUGAUGCUAGGCAGAGGGCAGACCCUAAAGUGUGUUGCGACUAUUCCCUUCACAUGGGUGUAACUAGCUGGUCUAACAAGGUAGAGAAAGAUAUGGAAAUUCUUACAGCUGAACAUGGCAUAAACUCAUUCAAAAUGUUCAUGACAUAUUCCCUGAUGUUGAAUGAUGAAGAAAUUUAUUCAGUUUUUGAGAAAUGUAAAAAAUUAGGUGCUCUUCCUAUGGUGCAUUGUGAAAAUGGUUUAAUCAUCAAAAAGAAUGCAGAGAAAUUACUUGCUCAAGGUAUUACGGGACCUGAGGGCCAUGAACUUUCUCGGCCUGAAGAAGUGGAAGCAGAAGCUGUCAAUAGAGCUUGUGUUAUUGCAAAUCAGGUAGAUACCCCACUAUAUAUUGUGCAUGUUAUGAGUAAGUCAGCAGGUUUGGCUUUAGAUGCAGCACGCAAAAAAUCUAGUAAGAAAGUCUUUGGUGAAACUUUAGCUGCAGGUGUUGCCUGUGAUGGUUCGCAUUGUAGCCAUGAAUGUUUUGAUCACGCUGCUGGUUACAUUCUAAGUCCACCUCUGAGACCAGACACAACUACACCAAAGACUCUUAUGAAUUUCUUAGCACAAGAUAUCUUACAAACUACCGGAAGUGACCAUUGUACCUUCACCAAAUCUCAAAAAGAGAUGGGAAAAGACGAUUUUAGAAAAAUCCCAAAUGGUGUGAAUGGUGUUGAAGAGAGAAUGUCUGUCAUAUGGGAAAAAGGUGUUCAUUCGGGAAUUAUAGAUCCUAAUAGAUUUGUAGCCAUUACUAGUACAAAUGCUGCCAAAAUAUUCAAUUUAUACCCAAGAAAAGGAUGUAUUGCAGUUGGAUCUGAUGCAGAUAUUGUUAUAUGGAAUCCGAAUGCAACAAAAGUCAUUUCUGCUAAAACACAUAAUAUAGCAAUUGAACUCAAUGUUUUUGAGGGAAUGGAAUGCCAUGGUGUUCCAGAAUAUGUCAUUGUUAAUGGAAGAGUUAUAGUCGACGACGGUCAUCUAAAAGCAGUAGAAGGUCAUGGAAGAUACAUUGAAACUCCAGUAUAUGCCCCAUAUGUUUAUGAUGUUGCAAACGCAGAUAAAAUCAAGCCAAUCAGAGUGGAACAUAUUGAGGAUGAGAUAUCAACACAAAAGAAGCAUUUCUAUGUGGAAAAUACAAAUAUGUUUCCUACACCUACUCUACCUGAAUCAGCUGUAUCAACACCAGGUUGUAAAGGUGCACGACCAGAAGGUCAAAGGAAUAUUCAGGAUUCAACAUUUUCCAUAAGUGAGGAAUUGGAUUUGGAAAGAAAGUCUUGCAUUCGUGUUAAAAACCCACCUGGUGGAAAGUCAUCUGGCUUUUGGUGAAGAAGCAUAAGAAAUAGGUUUGCAACAACUAUUUAGUGUUCACCUUAUUUAAUUACCUUCUGCUGAAGAUAAAUGUAAAUUCAAUGUGAAAUAUUUGUUGCAAUCCUCCAAAUAUCUCUAACACUAAGAUUGCUUGCUAAAUGGUUCUUAAAAAUUGUACCAAAGCUUCACUAUAAUCUUCCAAUUUAGUUAGUUUUAAGGUUUCAUGAAGUCUAAUAUGUUUUUUAUUACUAUUUCCGAAUAGUUCAGGUUAUAAGUAAAAUGGGUUAGUUACCAAUGCAUGGAUUAGAUUUUGGGUCAAAAUUCAGAUUUAAAUGAUUUUUUUUCAUUAACCCAAAUUGCUUUGGCUUUAAAAUAUUACACAAAAAAACUAUAACAAAUUUAAAAGAACUGCUUGGCUAUGCAAUUAACAAUAAAAAAUAUUAUAUAUGGCAAUAUAAAACAACAAUAUUUGAUUUAACCCAAAAAAUAUUCUAGUUCAUUUUCAACUUAAUUUCUUCUUCUGGCAAAGAAGUUUUGAGUUGUAUUAUCAGUAUUAACAAUUAGUUUUUGUUACAUUUCGUGUUUUAUGUUAAAAUCUAAUAUUGGUAGCAACCCGAAUAUGCAAUUUGUCUUAUUAGUUGUUUUCUAUUUGAAAUUAUUUAUAUCUAUUUACUAUAUGUAUACUAAUAUAAAAAGUAUUACCUAUUAGAAAUACAAAUCUUUUUACUUAUACUGUUCAACUUGUUACGUGUAUGGUUGUGCUCAUAAUAACAGAUGUCUUGAUUUUAGCUCUAGUUAAAGUUAAUUUUGAAUAUAUAUCAUUUUGCUGCUAUAAAAAUAUCUUUCUGUUUCAUCUGUUUUAUGUUUAACACGUAUUAUUUUACAACUUGACACUACAUCAUUUGUACUUAGUGGGUAAAUAAAUUCUUGAAAAAUAAAA